UUUAUUUAUUUAUUUAUUUAAAUUAUGAUAAAUGUGAACCAAUAACUGGAAAAGGUUAAACAUUUCAACGAAAUUAUUAAUCACGCAAAGUUAGUCAGAGUGAAAUUUUAAAACACAAGCUAAGACAGUAACUUUAGAAGUUUCUUGUGUGAAACAAAACACCCAAAAUAGACUUUAAAUGAAGGCGAAAAUGAAGAACUUUCUCAUGGAAUACAUUUAAAAGAUGUACUGUCUAGUAUUAUCAACUUUCUUCUCAUUUAUUGAACAUUGAGCAUGAUAAUUUCUUGAUUACUUAUUGAUUUAUUGAUGAUUAACUUAAUGAUAAGUGAAUUUUCAAAUAGAAUGUAUACAGUUCUCCUGGAAUAACAAUGAAUACGUGUGUGCUGUCGGCUAAAUCGCUAUUGAAAAAUAUUUGCAAUGGAAACAAUGAAUUGAUGAGUUUGUUUACACAUGAAUGCGCAUAUAUGCGUAUAUAUAUGCGCAUAAACAAGUAUAUGGUUUAACUUGAAAACAAUCCAAACUUGGCAGCCUUCACUUCAAAACUGAUCUGAUGCUCACUGUCGAUCGAUUUAAGAUUGAAUUCUUCAGGAGUUAGAAGUCGAGUCCACUGGAGUCAAUCGGGUGUUUCGCCCGCACUAGUCUUCAUCAACUGGCUAUCCUCUAGUCAAAUAGCAAACAAACCAACAGAACAUUGACAAGAUAUUCUUCAAAUACACAUUUUUUUGAUAUCAAUAAUAAUAAUAAUAGCCAACAAACAUGAAUGAAUUAAAUGAUACUCUACGUAUGAAUUGUACAGCCCGUUAUCUAUUAAAUGAAUCCUUUAUCGAUCCGAUCUCAGUAGAUGAUCGUUAUCCUAAAUGCGAACUGUAUAAAAAAUUUAUGCCAACUAUUUUAUAUAUUUCAAGAACAUUUAUACUCAUUUGGUUAAUCAGUGGUUUAUUCGGUAAUUUUGUCUCUUUUCUUAUCUGGACAUCAAAAGAACAAAGGCGGAAAAAUAGUUCAGCGAUUUAUCUGGCUGCUCUAGCUUUAACCGAUUUUAUAUUAAUUCUUCUGCUGAUCAAUUAUGAUUUAGAAUCUAGUUGGUGUAUCCGUGGUAUAUCUACAAUCAACGGCAUCUGUCAAAUUUACCAGUGUUUGUUUAUAUUUACCCAAUUCUAUUCUAUUGUUCUUGUAUUCGGUUUCACCCUGGAACGCUAUUUGGCUGUAUGCUUUCCAUUUAAACGACUUAAAUUGUGUACAACUAAACGAGCAUUAAUCGCUGUUGUUAUCCUGAGUUUAUUUGUUAUCGGACCAAUGUUAUUCCAGAUAGUGUUGUGGAACUAUGAGAAUGGUGAAUGUCAAAUGCGUAUGGAUAUUGCACUAGACAGACGGAUUCAAACGUUAAUAUCUGUACAAGAAAUAGUCUUUUCGUUGGUUAUUCCACUGGCUACACUCGUCUUUAAUAUCCUGGUUCUAUGCGAAAUGAGAAGGUUGUUGAAAUCAAGUAAUUUGCUGAAGAUUACUAAACAUCAUUCUUGUAGUAGUAAUAGUAAUAUCACUACUACAACAACAACAGCUAUGAACACUGCUCGUAACACUAAUAAUAAUAAUAAUACUAUGAUGAAUGACAAUGAUUAUAAAAACUUAAUCCACAAAAGAUUCCGUUUGAAAAGUCUGUUUAAACCAUGUAAAACUACCCAGAGUACUACUGACCAAUUGUAUCUUAAUGAUAAUAGUAAUAAUAGUACAAGAAAUUCUGCAAGUCGUAAUGAUGAUUCUACAGGUACACCAAAUUUUAGUCCAUCAAGAACAUCAAAUUUCAAUAAUAUUAACAAUAACAACAACAACAACGCCAACACUAAUCCCCCGUUAGGCGAUACACUCUCUAAAGAAUCAUCUCAAUUCGUUUCAGCCACAUUAAUGUUAAUUAUAUUAUCCUUCUACUUAAUUGCAUGUACUGUACCCGCAGGAAUUGUCUAUCUUGUCCAAUUUCAAUUACCACAUGCAGAUGAAUGCUUGAAUGAUGAAGGUGUACUGAAUUCCCCUGAAUGGAAUAGUAUAUUUCAACAAUUGUCGGCUAAAAAAAUUGUUGAUGCCUUAUGUGCAUCACAUUAUGCAUGUAAUUUUUUCAUUUAUUUUCUAACAUGUACCGGAUUUAGAAAACAAGCCUUGAAUAUGAUAUUCAAGUGUCGUUUUAAACAAUCAAGAUAUUCACAAUCAGAUUAUGCGACAGAAACACUUAUUCUGUCUAGGCGUACAGCACCGAGAACACUACGUCCAAUUUCAGAUAAUGAUAUGAUGGGAGCAGAAACAAAUCAUAAAGCAUUAUUGAUUUAUAAUAAUUCAAAUUAAAUUAACCGCGAGUAAUUGUUGAUGUGUGUUUAAAACAAAUAAGCAAUUAAUUAGACGUGAAAGAUUCAAUGAAAUGGUUGUUCAAUGUUUGUUAAUUCUGAUUAUUUUUUACACAUAAGUAUAGUUAUCGUUUCAUUAAUGGGGAUAGAAAUCAAUCUCCAGUGGUAUGCAUCAUUCGUGUAUACGAGACUGUAUGUCUAUGUCUCUUUUGAUCCUUUGAUUAUUUUGGUACUUCUGUAAUCGAUGGAUUACGUAACUACUCAUCUACUUAUACGCGCUUAUCUACCGGCUCUUGUGAUCAUUGUCAUUAUGUUUGCCUGUCAACACAUAUUCUCAAUUUUGACAUCAAUCUACCUAAUUACUUCUGUCAUCAUCCUUAUUAAUAAUAAUAAUAAUAAUAAUAAUGUGUUCAUCGUGAAGUUAUUACCUUUUAUCGGCUUGUGCUUACCCUUUUCCCUCAUUUUGUCUUUCAUUCUGUUUGUUCGUGUGCGUGUGUGUGUGUGUGUGUUUGUGCCAACUUUGCAUCUCUGUGUUCGGUCAGUGUACAAAAAUAAAAAUAAUAACAGAAAAUUUUCUUUCUCUCUUGGAGUCUUAUUUUUUCUUCCUUUCUUCUUCUCCUUCUUCAUUCAUGUACAAUAAUCAUAACUGUCUAUCAAUUGUUCAAUUAAAAAAUAAUACUAUGCUAUAAUUUGUAUC